CUUGUUAUUCUCUCUUGAUCAUUAAUAUAUGCAAAUCACUCUAUGGUAAUUGAUAUAUAAGGUUAUGUGGCCAAGACUUGUGGCCAACAAGAUCCUAAGGAAAAGCGUCGGGAGCAACAACUUCGUUGCCGAUUUCCCACCUGAUACCGAUCAGAAGCUUCUAGUAGCUUCCGGAUUAGUUGAUGAACGAGCUUCUUUCACUUCUAAAUCAAUUCUCCUCGAGCAACACAAAACCACUCAUCUCAACUACAAGGUUUUUGUAAGCACAUGGAACGUCGGUGGUAUUGUACCAGACGAUGGGCUUGACAUGGAGGAUCUGUUGGAAACACAUCAAACACCGUGCGACAUAUACGUGCUUGGGUUUCAAGAGGUAGUGCCUCUUCGAGCUUCGAAUGUUUUGGGAUCAGAUAAUAACAAGGUCUCUACAAAGUGGAACUCUUUGAUAAGAGAGGCUUUGAACAAGAGAGCAAAACCUCAUCGAGACAAAGAAUUGUCGGAAUCAAAGGGCAUUAAUGGUAUUUCACAAGAUUUCAGAUGUAUCAUAAGCAAACAGAUGGUCGGAAUCUUGAUCACCGUUUGGGUCCGAGGUGAUCUCUGGCCGUACAUCCGUCAUCCUAACGUUUCAUGCGUUGGUUGCGGCAUCAUGGGUUGCUUAGGAAACAAGGGAUCGGUAUCGGUUAGAUUUCAAUUGCACGAAACGACCUUCUGUUUCGUUUGCAGCCAUCUAGCUUCUGGUGGCCGCGACCGAGAUGAAAGGCAGAGAAACUCCGACGUCAACGAGAUCUUAGCGAGAUCGAGCUUUCCUCGAGGCUCAUCGCUAGACUUACCCAAAAAGAUUCUUGAUCACGAGUAAGCUAAUUAUAUUUUAAAUGAAUUCAAUAACUAUUG